UUUUCUGUUUUUUAUAGAGAGCACAAGUAGUAAGUCACCUGCUCUAAAUGAUCGAGGCUUGAUGUUUCAGAAACUAUGUGAGCUGAAACUCAAGUACGAUCAUCCAUAUGACCCACAACACAAGCAGACUGCUGCUCCACUUUGAAUAUUUACACUGAGAACUUAUCGUGAUCUAUCUGUAACGUGCCAUCUGGCCUGAUUGAGGACGACAACGGCAGCGUAAGAAAAUAUUUACAUGAAGCCAGUUAUGAACCCUUAACGAGUAUAAACCCUGACAGACGGCUCAUUAGAGUGUCAUACAUGAGUUUUGACACUUCAAGGGUGUGGUGGAUAAAAACUUCAGGUAGAAUGAUUCACAUCUUGCCCUGGGUCACACCUCCUCCGCCCCAUCUAGGAAUGCUAAGCAGCAGCCUGCAGACAACAAAACUCGUUGUGCGUGCUAAAACAUAUCUAAGAGUGUGUUCAUGAUGUGCUGCAUGUCCUGAACAUUUGGGAGUGGUGAGACAGGUAGCUCUGUGAGACUCCAAUCCUGUCCUGCGUAGGCAGAUUUGAAUAUUGACGACUGGGUGUUGACAUGUCAUGAAGUUGUCCGGGUGAGAGACAGAAUUCAGUGCCAACGGAGCACACAGAGACGACGAUACAUAAACAAGGCUCGAAGGAAAUCCAACAUUUGAGUAAGUAUGGUCUAAUUUUAAAUCUUACAAACGUAUAUAUGGUGUUUACGGUGAUAGGUACCUGAAUAAUCAGGUUGGUAUGAUUGAAACAGCUAGACAUAGAUAAUUAUUGAUAAAGUGUACUGGUCAUUUUUCUAAUUUGUUGUAAGGAUGUUCAUGUUAUAUACACCUCAGUGUUUAUUACCAGCCACAUCUCGCUCUGAGUAAAAGAUUAUUGUGUGAAGUCGCCUUAAACAACAGGUGACUGUCAGCUCGUUUCAUACUUGACUUAAAUUGUUGUGUAAUUUAUACGUUUGAGUUUCACUUUAGUGAUGAAGUUGUGCUCUUUUGUGUGUUAACAUACUCUGUCGUCAGCAUUAAGUGCUUUGUGUCCAUGUACAGUAUUUUCAUUUUGAGGUGGAUUUGUUUGACGCAUGUAUGCAUGUUAGUCCAAAUACAAAAGUCCAGGUAGAAUGUCGUUGGGCAGGACUGACAAGGUGUGGCGUUUCAGGAACAAUGUGAAAAGGGGGAUGCAGUGAGGAAACAAGGAAAUCAAACAAAAGCUUUGUGCCUGCAGGAGCACAGCUGUCAUCGGUCGUACUCAACAUUAAGUCGAUACUGGAAUAAAACAAGGAGAUUCAUGGAAACUAAACAAAAUACUUAUUAUUGAACUGUUGUAUACAAACCAUAAGAGACGCUGUUUGCUUUCAGUUUGUCGGUGUAACUUCCUGCUCAGCUGAACCUUUAAUAUUUGGUAUUCACUUCCAUCCCAUCUUUCCCUCUUUCCAGCUAUGAGUGAAAACCUGAGCGGGAGCUACUACGGCUCCUCGCCCCCAGAGCUGAGACUGGUUCUUUUAGGAAACAUCGGAUGUGGAAAGACGUCAUCAGCAGACACCAUCCUGGACCAGCUGUCUCCCAUCUCUCCCAGUGCCUCCAGGGCCUGCCAGCUGAGGCAGGGCGCGUCCGAGGGCCGGAGUGUGACCCUGGUGGAGGCGCCGAGAUGGUACUGGUCAGGAGGCAAGAUGGAGGACAGUGUCAGGGAGGAGACGGAGCGAGGGAUGACACUGGUAGCACCUGGUGCACAUGCUAUUCUGCUGCUGGUGCCUGUUAGCCAGUUCACAGAGAUGGAGGGUCGUGUGCCUGCAGAGCUGCAGGAGUUGUUUGGGACGGAUGCUCUGGAUCACACCCUGGUCCUGCUGACCUGUGGGGACUACUUGAUGGGAAGAUCAACAGAGGAAUAUUUGCAGAAAGAACACCCAGGCCUGAGGCAGAUCAUCGAGAGCUGCGGGGGGAGGUACCAUGUGAUCAAUAAUCGUAAUCCACGGGACAGACGGCAGGUCUGUGAGCUGCUGGAGAAGGUUGAAAAUAUGGUGCAGAAAAACGGGGUUUAUCGCUUGAAGUCGGUCGAGGAGAGAGAGCUGGAGAAACGGGUGAACGACAGAAAGAGAGAACUUAUGGAGAGUUACAGAGCUCAGAAGGAGAAGAGACUGACCGACGCGGAAACCACUUUGUCAAACAGAGACACAACGAGGUCUUUUGACAGAGCAGAGGAGAACAGCACCUUUUUGGAAAGGAGGAGAAGAGAAGAGGAGGUGGACGCGAGAGUGAAUGUGAGGCAAGUGUCCAACGGGCUUCAUUCAGCUCCGACACCACAGUCAGACUCAGAGCCACAGAGUGAGAGGGAGCUGAGGAGGAGGCCCAGUUUCAAACUCAAUUCAGAUGGUGCCAUACUCUCACAAUUGUCCGAAGGUAACACAUCUCCAAAAGUUGUCACUACUUUGCACCACAGAAUCAACAGCGCUGAAGAGUGGUCCCCCGAGGUAUCUCCGACCUCCGCUCCUCAUUCUCCUCAGCUCGUCUUCACCUCUACCCCCUCCUCGCCCACCUUCACUUCCUCCUCCUCACCUUCCUCCUCUUCUCCUGAGCUACGUCUGGUGCUGCUCGGGCGAUCUGGAGCAGGCAAGAGUGCAGCUGGAAACAGCAUACUCGGGCGUGAGGAGUUUGAGUCCCGGCCCGAGAGCCUCACAGCGAUCACUCAGGAGUGUCAGAAAAAGAGAGCUGUGGUUGAAGGAAGACGGUUGGCCGUGGUCGACACCCCAGACUGGUUCAAUUCAGAGCGAACUCCAAAUGAGGUGCGAGCACAGAUCUCGUCCUGUGUUACUUUGUCCAGUCCCGGUCCUCACGCCUUCCUUAUGUGCGUUCCUUUAGACCAGCCUGCAAAGACUGAGCUGCAGGCUCUCAAUGCCCUUGAGUCUGUGUUUGGCCCUGAGGUGGUCGAGAGACACACUCUGGUCCUCUUCACUCAUGCAGACCGACUGAGGGCGAGCGGGAAGCUGGGAUAUGACGACGUUGAAGCAUACAUUGCCGGUCAGCGAAGGGAUCUGGUAAAGCUGGUGGAGAAAUGCGGGGACAGAUUUCAUGUGAUGGAAUCCGAAGGGGGUUGGAGGGUGAGCAAGAAUGUGGCGGAGCUGCUGGAGAAGGUGGAGCAGGCGGUGAGUGAAGCUGGGGGACAGUGUUACUCUUGUCCAGCUUUUCAGGAGGCUGAGAACAAAGUGUGGCAGAGACAAGUGGAGAUAGCGAGGGAGAAAAGGGGGGGUAGACAAGAGGAAGAAACGGGGGAAAAUGUUAGUCAGCUCAGCUCUGACAGGCGGGCGCCUUAUUCCUAUAUGCAGCCUGUGGUCGAGGCAGAUGAGGAAGUGAGAGAGGAUGAGAUUGAGAAAACGAGGGAUGAGGCGGAGAGGAGUGUAAGCACCAUGAACAUCGAGAGCCUUCCUCCUGUGACGCUUUCCAACAUAUCACCAUCACUCCUCAGUUCUGUUAUGGAGAAAUUGAGGUCCAGUGCACACACUUUACCCAAGCUGAUGUCAGAUAGCUCUGUGUGGGUCGGUGAGGGAGCGAAGAAGGUGAAAAGCAGUCCAGUGUGGGGGAAAGUAGGCAGCGGAGCACAAAGCGUCCAAAAGAUGGUAGCUGACAGUUCUGUGUGGGGAAAGGUCGGAGCCAGUGCCGGACAUGUGUCCAAACUAGUGGGAGAUAGAGUUCCCAAGGUAGUGGUGGACAGUUCUGCAUGGGUGGGCUCCGGAGCAAAGGCAGCAGCAGCCAGCCCGAUGUGGGGAAAAGUUGGUUCUGGGACCAAACUAGUGGCCGACAGCUCCAUGCGUGUCGGAGCUGGGCUCGGUGCCAGGGCAAAGAAUUUGGCCAAGAGUCCCAUAUGGGGAAAAGUAGGAUCUGGUGCCAAAACUGGUGCUAAACUGAUGGCUGACGGCUCGGUGAGAGUCGGAUCUGGAAUCAGUGUCGGUGCAAAGAGGGUGGCACAGAGUCCAGUGUGGGGGCAGGUGGGCUCUGGGGCCAAAGCGGGAGUCAAAAUGGUGGCUGACAGCUCAGCGUGGGAGAAAAUUGCGAACACUGCUAAACAGGUGCCCAAGGUAGUCAUAGCGGGGGCUUUGCUUGGUCUGGUUCUCGGUGUGCUUUUAGGCGGGGUGCUUGGCGGAGCUAUCGGUGCAGCGGCAGGAUCUGCUGCAACCGAGGUGGGCAGGCGAAAAUUCAGCAAGAAAGAUCCACUUGAAAAUGCGGCUGGAGCAGCGAAAAAUUUGGAGAGAACAGUGAACGACAGCGUGGACUCUCUGGUCAGACAAGGAGGGAAAGUGCUAAAAACUGAAUAACCCUCCUGAUUGUUCAUAAAACAUGGAAAAAAUGCAAAAAGGUUUUAUUUUGUUUUGAAUUGAAUCAUCAGAAUGUAUACUUCCGAUGAUGAUCUUUAAAACAGACACUUUUCAAUCCUCACACAAAUGCUAGUUAAGGGUUAAUUUGCCUCAGGAUUAUUACCAACUUCAAAUAUCUGCAUAAAUCGACUUCCAGCAGACUGACAGAAGCGACUUUUAGCCACAUGUUUUUAUGCUUUUCUUGAAUAUUGUUUGCAAAACGCUUCAAACGCUGUCAGACAAUCGUAGUUCAUAAUAUUAAUUUUGUAAAAUGUUUAACUUCACAUGAUAAUUUCCUGAUCAACACCAAGUUUGUUUAGAGUUAAGAAAAUAAUGCAAUUGUAUAAAGCCUGAAUUUAACUGUGAUGUUUGUCAGUGUUUCAU